AUGUCUCCCGAUAGGGGCGAGCCAGACACCGGCAUCCCCGCAGAUCCUAUACCUAACCCAGCGGAACUCGACUCUGCACUCUCGACCCUCGCCCUCGAUGAAUCUGCGUUGUCUCCAAGUCAUUCACCCGUCCCACCUCACCUCUCUCACUCGCCCAGUAGCAACGCUAAACGAAGCGACCCCUUUGAAUUUGGACAUCGCACUCUCUCCGCCGAUGACGACGUAUUCACCUACAAUGCGUGGGAUCACGUUGUGCCAGAUUCAUCCCACAUCUCUUUCUGCGAAUCGCAAUAUGCGGCGCAGCGGUCAGCACCCGUGUCCGAUUUCGACCGCGCCCGCUUCAAUACCAACCCGGAAAAAUGGUGGGAUCUAUUUUAUAAACAGAAGUCGGCUACUUUCUUCAAAGACCGCAAAUGGCUGGUCCAGGAGUUCCCUGUUCUCGGCGAAAUUACCAAGGAAGAUGCAGGUCGAAAGGUUGUGGUCGAGGUUGGGGCCGGUGCAGGCAACACGGCAUUCCCUAUCAUGCGUAUCAACCGCAAUAAGGAGCUAACAGUGCAUGCGGUCGAUUUCAGUGUUAAGGCGGUGGACACCAUGAGGGGCGUGGAGGAAUAUGCAGGGUUUUCUUCGGGGACUGGGGACGACGGCUGCGGGCUCAUGCAUGCGGAUGUCUGGGAUGCAGCGGGCGACGACUUACCUCCGGGGGUUGAAGAGGGCCAAGUUGAUGUGGUCAUUAUGAUUUUCAUCUUUUCGGCCUUGAACCCUCGACAGUGGGACAAGGCCGUGGAGAACGUACUCAGAAUGCUCAAGCCUGGUGGGUUGGUCUUGUUCCGGGACUACGGGAGAGGAGACUUGGCCCAGGUCAGGUUCAAGGCAGGACGAUACAUGGAGGAGAACUUCUAUGUCCGUGGAGAUGGGACGCGGGUAUAUUUCUUCGAGACGGAAGAACUAGAACGGAUUUGGGGGGAUGGCUUUGAUAUCCUCAACCUUGAUGUCGACCGACGAUUGAUCGUCAAUCGACAGCGGAGGAUCAAGAUGUAUCGCUGUUGGAUCCAAGGCAGAUUUCGCAAGAAAUUGACAUGA